AUCAUCCGAAAUAUAUUUGGAGACCAUGAGAGCUCAGGACAGUUAUUUAUUCUCGUGACCUUAAGUUUAUCAUAUUUACUAAAUCAUGUUCCACUUUGUACUUCACUUUGUCUUUGCGGGUUUUGUUUAAAACAAAUUCUAAAUAUAAAGACUGCCAUGGCCAACACAAGCUCCAGUGCUUUAUUACGCACUGGCAAUAGUUAUAAGUCACUAACGUGCCUUAAUUAGAAUAUACUUUAAAAUAAAAUGAAGCUCAGCAUCGCAGUUAAAGGCAGUAUCAGUGCUCAUUUAUAGGGAGAUCGGGUCAAUACAAUUGGGCUGUAGCAGGACAGAAAAGAGGGGUGUGACCAUCCCACAAGUUUGGGCUACCUGUAGAGUCUCCGGGCACUGCGCAUAAAUAGCCUACUCCUCCCUCUGAGGAUGAGUUCAGUCCUGAGGGAGAGACAGAGACGAAAUUAGGUUUUGGGAAUCUGGUUAGGGCGGAUUAUGAACGCUUUUGGACACCAACCAUCUAACCAGCAGACCAGCUCUAUUCAGCACCACAGCGCCCAGGAGCUCCUGGACAUGGCCGUGUACUGCGACAACUACGGUGUGUACCAACAGAACCUCCACCACCAUCACCCCCAGAGGCCGUCGACGCACACCUCCAGCUACGGCCUCGGAGAGUACACCUCUCCGUCUACGAACCCGUACCUAUGGCUGAACGGACCCAGCAUCAACUCCUCUCCUUAUCUUCCCGGGAACAACGGCACGUCCUAUAUUCAGUCUGGAUACGGGUCGAACCAGAGGCAGUUCUUACCGCCUCCCACCGGGUUUGGUGGAGCAGACCUGGGCUGGCUGUCCAUAUCCAGCCAGCAGGAACUCUUCAAGAUGGUCAGACCACCUUACUCCUACUCAGCACUGAUAGCGAUGGCCAUACAGAACGCCCAAGACAAAAAGUUGACUCUCAGUCAGAUCUAUCAGUAUGUAGCUGACAACUUCCCUUUCUACAAGAAGAGUAAAGCUGGAUGGCAGAAUUCAAUCCGCCACAAUUUGUCACUGAACGACUGUUUCAAAAAAGUGGCACGGGACGAGGAUGACCCCGGUAAAGGAAACUACUGGACGCUGGAUCCCAACUGUGAGAAGAUGUUCGACAACGGGAACUUCAGGCGGAAGAGAAAAAGGAGAGCUGACGUCAACGGAGCUGACAGCACCGCUCUCCCCGUCAAGUCAGAAGACGGCCCGCACAAGCUCUCCGACACAGCCAGCCUCCUGAGCUCCUCCCCGCCCAGCCUGCACGGAUCCCCGGCCUCCACGGAGCCCAAGUCGUCCCCGUCUCCGUCCGCGGAGCACAGCCCGUGUUUCAGCAGCUUCGUGUCCAGCGUGAACUCGCUACUGGCGGGCAGCGGCAGCACAGAUGGUUCCCGGGGCGGGGAGCGGGACUACGGCUCAUCGGCGCAUCUCGGCGGAUUGUCUCAGACCAGAGAGGGCAUGUCCGGACUGGGCUCCUACUCGCCCACUUUAAUCUCUCCUGUGAACUCUGACAACAACAGAAUGAACUAUUACACAUCAGUACAGAGCCUCUCCAACCAUUUUAGUGUUAAUAACCUCAUAUACAGCCGGGAGGGAACGGAGGUGUAGACUGGCUAUCUCUGUCUGUGCGGCUUACAGAAAAAGUAAUUUAUCACUCAUUGUUAGCCUUCACAUUUACAAGUUAUUACUUAUUACUCAUGUUCUGGUUUAGUAGGCCUCAUUGUAAAACAAGCACUGAAACUGGACUGGUAGCCUAUCUUUCUACAAUAACCCUUUCUAACUGGGAAAAUAUAUUUCGUGUAUUAGAAAGGAAUAUUCAUGGUUAUAAACUGUCACUUCUACAUUAUGGUUUGUCCAUACUAGUGCAACAAACAUUGAAAAUUAUUCAAUUUACGAAUCAGCCCACGGACAUCCAUCCUUGAACUGAUGGAUGCAUACUUUACUUAUUUUUUUUAUUGUAGCUGCUUGGUUGGGCCUACUCCCUGUCUUUAAGAAGAAGAAGACACAUAUGUACAGAAAUUAUUUUCAUAAGAAGAUACAUGACAUGUAUUUUAAACUGAAUUUGUGUUUUAUUUAAACUCAAGUCGAUGUUUGAAUAAAAGUCAUUUAUUUUAACUCCA